GCAAGUGUGUACGCUAAACAUACUUGGGGAAUCAACGCUUUCUUCAAAACUUGGCGGGUCAAAGAAAACUUGCUGUGCAACACUUAUAAAACACACAAGUGAAAUAUUUAUCAAGGUUUCCAAUAACUCCUUGCGAAAAUGGAGUCUGCAAUUACAAUAAUCGUGUUAUUGAUGAUCUUGGUACUCAAUGCUCAAGAAUCGGGUACUGAAAAUCUAGUGUCCGGAAUAAGGACAGCACAAGUUUCUCCCAUAAACCACGAAAGGGGACUAGGACAUCCUAAGCCCCCAAUUCGUAUGCCACCACCGAGUCGAGAGUCUAGUCUUCCUACCGCUAUACGGCCUCACUUCAACGGUAUUUACAAUUCGGAGAGCUGGAGAAAUGCCAACAGAAAUACAGCGACCCACGAACGGCCGAGGGUUGUCAUAGAUCAACCACCAGCUCCUGUUCAUCCAGGUCUCUCUACGCCCAACCCUAAUCGGAUUGCAGAUCUGCCUGAAGGUAAUCCAGUUGUUGAGAAAGCCCUUCCUGAAAUCAAUGGUAGCUCAAAUAACACGGAUGCCAAAGUGGAUGACGGCUCAUCAUCUCCAGACCGUGGUUUUGGAAUUGAGGCUAUCAGUGGGACAUCGGCAAAUACUGAUAACGACGGUCACGAUCAUGACCAUGAUCACGAUCACAUGGACAAAGUGUCACCUGACUUAGGUACAAACAUUGUACCUUUGCAACCACGUGAUAUGCACAAACACGACGCACCAGAUUCACAUGCUUGGGCCACGGCAGAUAACGACAUGAGCAAUAACCGGACAGACAAAAGCAUCAACGACCACGACUUGUGUGAAUACUGCCUAUGCAACAAAAAUAGGGCCCACGUCUCCUGUAAACGAGGAAACACUUUUCGGACGAUAACGAACUUGAACCUCACUAGACAUCUCAUUCCUCCAAGUGCUGUCACCAUCGAAGUGAAGGACUUCGACACGGUCAUAAUCAUGCCGGAAACAUUUUCGAACCAAGAUUCGGUUCUGCAACACAUCAUCUUUGAGAACAUAGCGAGAGUUGAACUGUACGAGAAGUCCCUGCAUUUCAGUCCCCAUUCACGAGAGAACAUGAGAGUUCUCAUCAGUCUGGUCAACUGCAACAUCCCAGUGGUGCCGUCAUCUACUCUCACGCAACUCGAAGUUGAUUCAGAUCACUCACGAGAGGAACAUAAUUUGGCGCUAGAAAAAACGCGCUUCAUCACACUCCGCAUGCUUGGGGGAUCUAUCGGAGAAAUGGAGAGUCGUGCGUUUAACCGAGCGCGGUUACUGUUCUUUAACUUCACCGACGUUUCGAUAAAUUCCAUGUCCCCGAAAAGUAUCGACGUGGACGUGUACGAAGACUUGAUCAUACAACAUUGUAAUCUCCCGCACCUGCCUGCCAACGCUGUUUGUCUCCAUGCCUCAAAGAGUGUCGUGUUCUCCAGAAAUGUGAUCCAAGAGCUGGACUCGUAUGCAUGGGCAAUUGAAGCUGGAGGACAAGUUCUUUUCGAGUACAACACGGUCAAAAAAAUUCGUGGUAGUGCUUUCCUCAAGAUCAAGCCAAUGAAAGAUUCACGCUCGUCAAACAUUGUAUUUCUCAAUAAUACCGUACAUUCGGGUGACGCUAACGCCCUCGUGAUCAGCGAUCUGUACCCGCAGCACGAGAGGAAAGUGCUUAACAACAGAUUCCACAUCAUUUGUGAAUGUAAUAUCUCCAUCCACUUCGAACGCAUGCUGGAUAUAAACCCUAACGAUUCGUAUAGUCGGGUCUUAAACGAAGCCGUUCUUGCAGAUUCGUUGUGCUUACCUUUCGAAGGAAGCCAUUGGUAUGUCAAGAUCGGCAGCUUUUUGAAAAACGAAUGCUCCCCAAUGCCAGUGCUACUGAUUAUCGCCUCAACCGUGGUGAUUGCGAUCAUUUUGACCAGCGUUACGGUUGCCGUAAUAUGCGCCAAGAAAGCGAAGAAGGCACAAGAAGAAAUCAGCUACCUCGGGGAAACUUCAUCGCGUAGCUUUUCAACAAUAAACACCCAUGCAGCACCGACGCCCUUAGAUAGCAAGUACGUGUAUUAUGAUUCACAGGGCAAGCCAUCAUGGAUAAUGGCAGUGCCUGAAUUGAAAACGUACCAGGAAACAGAAGUGCACGUCACCUACGAAGAGUCACAACCCAUAGCAUCAUCGACACGCAAUUCGUGUCAAGAGUACAUGCUGGAAAUGCAGCGGCGCAAUCUUACGCGCCAGUCGUGCCCGUUCAACUAGACACUAGAGAAUAUUCUAAAAAUUGGUGCACCAAAAGCAAACAAGUCUAAUGGAACGAGGCUGUAGAGUUUCCGACAGCCUCGAAAUAUUUCGUUUCUCUUAAAUAGACCGAGAAAUAUUGUUACAAUAGAAGCGAAAAGACUGCAUGGAGGAAUGACUCUUAGCUGUGAUUCCAGUAAUAUAAGCGAUUGAAAUGACUGUCUGGUGUUAAUGAAUCAAUAAUCAAAUAGCGAGCCUGUAGAAGCUAUUUUACAGCAGGCAUCGCUCAACAGUGGGCAAUAUUCUGUAAAUAUAUCUUACUAGACUAGUAAAAAUGUAUCAUAAUGUAAAUAGCUGGCAGUCGCAUUAAAAGGAAGGCUCCUCUAGCGGAAAUUUCUUUAUAUUUCUGACGCAUUCGUCAAUAUUAUGAAUGAAAAAUUGUACAAUGCACACAACUUGAACAGUGUGUUAGCAUUAGUAUCAUACGUUCGAUAGGCAUCUAUUCCCGAACAUAGAAUAAGUAUUCAAAUAAAGUAGCUGAUAAUACAGAAUUAUACUGGUAUUAUUAAUUUACAUUAUAAUAAGGGUAGAUAUUGAUCAUGCGUACACUGGGGAGUAAAAUGUCAAAAAUAUAAAUCAUCA